CGCCAGCCGGACAACGCGCGGUUCGCGGAGCGAUAUUUUCGGUUUUUGAGAAUUCCUGCAUUAGCGUGAGAUUUUUUUUUAAUAAUUUCGUGCACCGCCGGUCGUCGAUAGUUUUCCUCGAAGAUUUCGAGUGGGCUGACCUGCCGUUGGGUCGCGGUUCGGUUUUUGAUAUUUUUCUGUGGUCUAAGUGGGGAGAAACAAAUUGUUAAUCCGCUGCUUGAGUGCGGAAAGCAAUUUCGAUAUGUUUCCAUGGUGACGUUAAUGGAAUUCCUCAUCAACUUGGAUCGAGACGACGCGGACACGUUCAUGGCAUACUAAUUUCUGAGUUGCACAAAGGGCAAAGUCACCCCUUGUCGUUGUCGCGAAAGUGUUGAGCAAGCUGGCCUGGAAAGGCGUGACAUUGGAUCUAACCAAGUGCCCUCCUGCUGAUUCAGAAGAAGUUUUCACGUGUUGCCUGGUGAAAGUGAGGCGAAUAAAUCAAAAAUCUCAUACCUUGCCAGGAGUGAGGAUUUGGCUGGGUAAACUUUACAGAAGUGUCAUCAAUUUUGGGUGUUCCGAAAAAAGUGUGAUCUUUAUUCCGUUGUAAGGGCUUUCGACACGUAUAGAUUACAAACGUACGGCCAAACGACGACAACGGCAGAGAUACAUCUGUAGAAUUGGUUCAGCUGCCUUCGGUGGGCUCCACCAGCGGGAAUAAUGUCGACCCGACGCGCCGGACCACCCCAAGGCCCGCCGAUGCCGGCCCAGCUUCCGAUUCCGUACGAGAACGAGAAGAAGCAGCGCAGCAAGUGCAUGUCCUUUGUGUGCUUUAUGUGGAAGCUGUUUACAUGCAUAUUCUCCCACGUGACUCUGGUGGCGAUGGUGGUGGCGUACUGCUUUCUGGGCGCCUUCACGUUCGAACACUUGGAAGCCGAAAACGAGCGGAACGUGAAAAAGGGCAUCAGUUCAAUUCGUGUCAACCUAACGGAUGCAAUUUGGAAAAUGACUAACGACAAACCGGUACUGCAUCAGCACAACUGGACCGAAGCCGCCAUCGUUCAUUUGCAGUCUUUCGAGAAGGAGAUUCUGACUGCGAUGAAAAAGGAUGGCUGGGAUGGAAUAGAAGACGUCGAUCAAAUCCAAUGGACAUUUUUCGGAGCUUUGUUCUAUUCUAUAAUUGUCAUCACAACAAUCGGUUAUGGACACAUUGCACCGAAGACGCACAUGGGUAAAAUAUCAACCAUAUUUUAUGCCAUAUUGGGAAUCCCUUUGAUGCUGCUUUGUCUGUCCAAUAUCGGUGACAUUAUGGCGAGCUCGUUCAGGUUCCUUUACUGGAGAGUUUGCUGCUACGUGUGCACCCGGGAGCCGAAGCGAUCCAAUUCCCGUCGCAGCCGCAGCAGCCGGGGCACCAUUCGGCAAGGACGGAGCUCGAUGCGUUCCCAGGCGGGGCCGGGUUCCAGCAUCCGCCGUUCGAUUCGGAAUUCUCAACGGUCGGCUGAUUCCGGUUUCGAUCCAUUCUACGAGCCCGGAAUAGGCCACGCUUACUCGGAUACGGAUUGCAGAUAUAAUGAGGGCGUUUACUAUCCCGAAAAUGACCGUGGAAUGCAUCGACAAAUGAACGCUCCCCCACCGCAUUAUUCCACCCAGAAUGUGGGCGGGGGCCGAGGUGGUGAUCGGUUCCGCGAUAGGGCCACAAUGGACCGCGAACGAGCCUAUCAGGAGCAGGCGAACGGUUAUGGGGAUGAGGAAUUCAUGUCCACGCACCAACAAAUGAAGCGAAAUAUGCGGGCUGAAUCGAUUGGGAGAGACAUGGGCCACAACAGGGGAUCGCAAAAUUCGCGAAAUUCCGAUGGCAAUUAUCAGACUGGCUAUAGAAAUAGCAUGCAGAAAUCGCCAGCGGCCACGAGGGCGCAAUCAUUGGACCGUCGCAUGUUUCGCCGUGAUCCACAGAUGGUGGACUUUGAUGAAGAAGGUGGCCCCGGUAAAACGCCCAUCUUAUGCAACAAAUAUGCGCUGGACGACAUGGAAGAGAGAAGCAGCCCCGGUGGGCCACGUGGCGGAGCAGGACAUGACGGCCGAUCACCGAUAAACCCUCGCAGUCAAUCAAUGCCGCGUCAGUCGAGAUACGGAGACCGUUUGAUGCCGGACCGUAUGCCUUACUACAACGAGGAAAACGAGAUUGCAAUGCAGGCGGCAGCUCGCAAGCAUCCCCCUCCAUCUCAAUCAGCAGCGGGAAGAAGACGUGAGCUCCGUCCCGUGCCAGCACCAUCACCACGCAUAAUGUCGCCGAUGGGAUUUGCGGUCCACCGACAGGCACGUCAUCUCCAGAACGUAAUCGACGACAGCUCGCUCUACGACGAGGACUGGGACAUCCGCAGUGGGGAGCUACCGCCGCCGUCCGUCGUCCGCCCGGUGCCCAUCUGGCUGUGCGUCUUUCUGGUUGUCAGCUACAUCAUUGCCGGGGCUUUCAUGUUCUCCAAGUGGGAGGAGUGGUCCUUCCUCGAUUCGGCUUAUUUCUGUUUCAUCACGCUAACCACCAUCGGAUUCGGUGAUUUCGUCCCAGCGCAAGGAGUGAAAAACGAUUCCGAAAUUUCCAUCGCGCUGUGCUCGCUGUAUUUGCUAUUCGGUAUCGCUUUGCUGGCCAUGAGCUUCAAUCUGGUGCAGGAGGAAGUCAUCUCCAACGUGAAAAGCGUGGCCCGAAGGCUCGGUAUCCUGAAGGAGGAAGAGGUGGACGAUUGAAAAACUUCUUUGGAUCUAGUGUUUUUUUUUUGUACAUUUUCUGCGUGAACGAAGACCAAACCCAGACCAAGCCCGCGAGGGACUAAACAACGAGAGACAACGGAGGGAAAUGUUUUUCUUUUUAUCUGGCUCGAGAGCAUUCGUUUGUAUGGUUUUGCCUUCAUUUUCGCCUUCAUCUUCCGGCUAUGGAGGUUCAACUUAACUCUCAAGAUUGAAAAAUGCAGCUUCAAAAUAGAAUACCUACAUUCAAAAUAAAAAUGCAUAAAAAUCUA